AUGGGAAGACCUGGCCCAAGACCGACGGGCAUGAAGGAGGACAGAGAAGACAGGCGCUGUGAUCUACGAAGCCAACUGCAUUGCCGCCGCGAAAAUGAAACACAAAGCAGGCAAGUCCCAGCUGCAUCCACCCCGCAGUGCCAACGUACACCCGCCUCCGACGUGUCCACGUUGUCAACGGACAUUUCGGGCGUCAGUUGGAUUUUUCGGACAACUUCAGAUCGACUGCAGCACUCGGACUGCAUUAACCGUCGUCCGUCCAUCCACAUUUUCCUCGCCCUCUACGCCAUCAACAAAGCGGACCGCCCUCCUGAACCAUCACUUCCAUCCUCCUCCGCCCCAACGCCUGCCGUUGUGGCGCCUGCCACGCACAUCAACGCUACACACAAUCCUGACACGCGAACAAACCCUAACACCACCACCGCCGCCGACAUCAGAGGCUAG